AUGAUGAACUCUCUUCAUAACACUAUAAAACAAUUUCGCAUGUUGAAUAUCAAAACAGCAUUAAAAACUGUAUCAGAAUGUCAAACUAAACCCAUAAAUGUAUUAAGAAAAGAAAAUGAUUUAAUAACGAGCAUGAAGAUGCUUUCGUUGUCGCCAAGGAGUGUUGGUAUAGAAAUUUCUGAAAAAUCAAUCUGGCAACCGACUACAACGGGUAUCAAACAAGAUCCUAUCCCGUAUAUACCUAUCGUCAACCCUCGCUCAAUCUUACCUCUACUUGACAAAGAAUGGACUAAGGAUGAGAUUGGCUUGCCUGCAAUCCAACAAGAAGAAAUACGGGCAGAGAGGCUGAUUGUUAUCAGAAGAAAGAAAAUGAAGAAACAUCAGAGAAAGAAGCUUUGGAAGAAAAUGAGACAUCGCUGGGCUAGGGUGAAGCAGCAACGUCGUCAAACAAAAGAGAAAACAUUUCAAAACUCAUUGCUGGCUAUGAUCAAAACGGCCAAUGAUUUCCAAGCAGAGGAAUAUGUAGCCAACAAGCUGCAAAAGGCCAACCACACACCGUUACCAACACGUUGGAGGCACAAGCGGUUACCAGAGUUUAUUAUCCGCCAACUUCUUGGCAUAGACAAGAAGAUCAAUUAUAAACACACUGAUGUAUACAAAGCUUAA